GCAGCCGCGAUUUCGAAGGGUGGCCGCGCGCCCGCCGGACCGUUGAACCGGGGAGGCCCCGAGCUGUUACUCGUCGGUUGGAGGCAGGCGGGCGGUUUGUGCGAUUAUUCCCCAUCAUGGAGGUUCCCACCUCGGAGCAGUUGGAGACGCUGAAGUACAGCGAGCUGCAGCGACUGGCCAAGGUUUUGGGGCUGAGAGCCAAUCUCAAGGCAAACAAGUUGUUAAAUGUGUUGAAGCAACAUGUCCAUGAGCCAAUGCAGGAAACCAGAAGUAUGGACACAGAAACAGCUUCCCUUUCUACAGAUUAUGAGGAGUACGAGAGUAGUGAGAUUAUAACAGAGCUGAAUGAAACUGAAGGAUCCCAGGAUGCUGGAUCUCCAAAAACACAGAGCUCGGUUACUCUAAGGAACCCAAAAGAGAAGAACUGUACUAUGCAAGAAAGAGUUGAAAGUAAGACUCCUGUGGAUUAUUUACCUGGAACAGAACUUUGUUACUCAGGCAGCCUGUCAAGAUCUAGGAAAAGAAGAAUAAACUCUACCACUCCAAACUUUAAGAAACUUCAUGAGGCUCAAUUCAAGAAAAUGCAAUCUAUUGAUGAUUACAUGGAAAAUAAAAAUAAAAGGAUUCAUAACUUCAACAAUUCAGUGAACAAAACCAAGGUAUGUUCCAGUGGAUUUUUACUGAGUCCGCAUCCUCAAAAGCAUAAACUCUCUUCUACAUGUACUCCCAUAAACCUGAGGUGCACACCACAUAAUUCUCGCAUUGUGAAUAAAAAUAGUUUAUCUCAGAAAUCAGCCUUCAUCUCAACUGGCUUCUCUGCCACCAAAAUGAAUGUCAGAUUCUCUGAAUCUACAAAAGAUAAUGAACACAAACGCUCCCUUACCAAGACGCCAUCUCGAAAAUCUCCAUUUCUGAACAGUUGUAAUCCAGGCAGCCAGAAGAGCAACAAAGCUGUAACUAGGAAGAAAUGCACAGGAAGUGCAACCAAGUAUCCAAUAGCAGAAGCCCCGACAAACAUUGGUGUUACCCCCUCCAAGGUCAUCCCUGGAACUCCAGCCCCUCUAAACACCAAGAAGCCAGUGUUUGAUCUGCAAGCAAGUCUAUCAAGGCCCCUUAAUUAUCAGCCCCACAAAGGAAAACUGAAACCUUGGGGCAAAUCAAAGGAGAAUCACCAGGGCACAUGUUCCCACAGGAGAAGCUAUAAACAGCCACUUCUUCAGAGCAGAGAAGAGAGGCGGGAAAAACAUGCAUGGGGGAGAAAACAGAGAAAAGACCAGGUGCUUGAAACACGGAGAGGACUUGCUGUAAUUUAAAUUUAAUCCCCAAAAUGCUUUGUAAAUAACUUUUCUUGUAAAUAGUUUUUACUUGUUUUCUGUGGAGUGAUGUGCAUAUAUUGACACUCUAUCUUUCCUAUACACAACUAUCUUAAUAAGAAUAUAGUGUAUUAAUGCUACGGAAUUUAUUUUGCAACUUUAAGAGCUAGAAUUUCUAAAGCCUUGUAAAUAGCUUCAGAACUACAUUUGUCACCUUUUAUUCUCUGUUUUGAAAAUGACAGUUUAACAAAUGUAUUUUAACUAAAUCCUGGAUUGUCUAGACCUAACAUUUUCCUCCAAAAGUACAGACUGAAAAAUCUUUUGAUGUAGUGGACAAUAAAAAUAAAACAGAAAUAUUUAGGAUUCA